AUGUCAUCUGAGCAAACUUCCGCCAUCAUUUCAUCGAUAGAAAAAUUAUCUCUAACUGAAAACACUAAACAGGAAAAUGUAAAACCUCGUUCACCUCGCAUUUCAAUAGAAUAUUGUACUCAAUGCCGUUGGGUCCUUCGUGCUGGAUGGACAGCUCAAGAAUUGUUGGUAACAUUCGGUACGAUUAUUGGUGAAGUUGCUUUAAUACCUGGUGUCAAUGCAGUCUUCAUAGUUCAAAUUGAUGGAGAAACUAUCUGGGAUCGUAAGAAAGAAGGUCGAUUUCCGGAAUUAAAAGAAUUGAAACAACUUAUCAGGAAUAAGAUCGCACCGGAUAUGAAUCUUGGCCAUUCUGAUA